GCGCGAUCUGGUUGACCAAGAAACGCGAGGGCAAGAUGGUGUCGAUCCGGAACGCUACGGCGGACGACCUGCUGCAGGUGCAAAACUCCAACCUUUGGUGUCUGCCAGAGAACUACCAAAUGAAGUACUACUUCUACCACAUCAUGACGUGGCCCCAGCUUCUCUAUGUUGCCGAGGAACGCGGCGGCAAGAUUGUUGGAUAUGUGCUGGCUAAGAUGGAGGAGGAGGCGUCCGUGCCCCACGGCCACAUCACGUCUCUAGCGGUGUUGCGCACUCACCGCAAGUGCGGCCUCGCCACUAAGCUCAUGCUGGCUGCCCAGCGUGCUAUGGUGGAGAGCUUUGGAGCCGAGUACGUGUCGCUGCACGUCCGUGAGGGUAAUGUGGCGGCCAUCCACUUGUACCGCAAGACGCUUAAGUACCAGGUAUACGAUAUUGAGAAGGGAUACUACGCCGACGGAGAAGACGCCUACGACAUGCGUAUGCCCUUUACGGACAAGUGCAACCAGGCGUUUUCGUCGCAGGUAAAUCGCUUCAAGAAGGUGCUAGCAGAGAAAGAUGCGGAGAAGGCUGCCAAGGAGAACGAGGCUUCUGCGUAAUUUCUUUACGUCGGUUUGCCACGAGGGCAAGUGCUCUUAGAAGGUGCUGGACAAUUGUUAGACGGCUGAGGAGGAGGACAUGGAAAGGUGAUCGAUGGCUAACGUAGAUAUUUAGCAGCUGACCGGCCCAGCCAUUUUGUAACCUCUCUUGGCCCUAGAUGCCGAUCUGCGUGUUGCCAACAAUUGAAAACUUU